CGGUGAGCGGUGGCCUCUUUCUGACGUCAUAUCAACGCGACACAAACGUUGGUGGUACAUCAGCGGCCUGUGAUUUCACUCGAUCGCUGUAAUUUUUCUCGUCGGUGGAGGAUCUUUUCUCUACUGUUCGUCAUGAAACUAGUCAGGUUUUUGAUGAAGCUCAGUCAUGAGACCGUUACCAUUGAACUGAAGAAUGGCACUCAGGUCCAUGGCACCAUCACAGGUGUUGAUGUAAGCAUGAACACACACUUGAAGGCGGUGAAAAUGACCCUAAAGAACAGGGAACCCACUCAGCUGGAGUCCCUGAGUAUCCGAGGCAACAACAUUCGCUACUUCAUCCUGCCAGACAGUCUUCCACUGGACACCUUGCUGGUCGACAUUGAACCAAAGAUCAAGUCCAAGAAGAGAGAAGCAGUUGCUGGUAGGGGGCGAGGCAGAGGACGGGGCCGUGGCAGAGGAAGAGGACGAGGGCGAGGUGGACCACGGAGAUGAUUUCAGAGCCCCAACUGUUUGUACAGCUUUUAAUUGUACUGCGCGGUGGACGCAAAGUGAAUCUAAGUGUAAGUUUAGGGUUGUUUUUCUUUUUUAUACUCGUGGGUUGUUUAAGACCGCGAGGGGGUUUUGGAUGCUGUUGAUUCAUAAUUUGUACCAUCUUGAAUAAAAUGUCUGAGCAGCAUUUAAACUGGGUAAAAAUGUCAUCUGUUUUUUGCUUUUUUUAUACCUUCUUGUGUCUUUGGCAAAGUUGGCUGAAAAUGUAGCUGUUCUACUGGCAUCAAAGAAGAAUAAAUCUUUUUUUUUCUCUUUGUAAUAUUUGGCUCUUUAAUUGGCUUGAUUAGUUUUCACUUUUCCUAUAAGUGAUUGAAAUAGGUUGAUAAGGUUUUUUUUCACAGUUUCUGGAACUGAUUACAUCUCAACUUAUUGUUGAUGAUGUUCCAGAUACUGCUGAUCCACCUCUGGUGGAUGGUGUGGAUGUUGAUGACUGCAAAUGUAAAAACCUUUUGUCCAAUACUUAGAUGGGCUGGCUCUUAACCCACAUAAGUUUCCAAUAAAAUAAAGAAAAUCCA